AUGGAGAGACAUGGCCAUGCUUCUUCUUCAACUCGCCGCGUUCUUGUGAAGAAACGAGCUUCCCAACACUCCCAAGCGCCCCACAAGGCUCGCGGUCACGUCGACCCCGUUACCGUCGAGUCGCCGCGCACCUCACUGUCGACAUCUCGUCCGCACCCGUCUUCCACCCCCACCUCCACCUCCAUCAACAGCAGUCCUCCGUCAGGUACCAACUACGGCUACGGCUACAGCACCGCCGAUAGUAGCGCCAGCUCUAGUCUUGUCACUGCGCAUGCUGCUCCGCCGCAGCCUGGACGAUCUGCACCUGUGCUCGCACCUGUCGCUGCUGCGAAGGCGUUGGCACCUGAGCUUGACGUUGUGCACCGGGCCCAGGGCUCGCCCGCCGAUUUCUCCGACCUGCUCAGCGAUCUCAACGCCGUUUCGUAUUUCCAAACCGACUUCACACAUCUCCCGCCACCUACAGCUCCACCAUUACGGCUAGCCACCGAGCAAAACAGUACAGAAUCUCUCCAGGCCCGCACAGCCCACACGCUCCGUUCGCAGAGCUCGGGAUUGAGUUCCGAACGAAGCACUGCAGUCGCAAACCCGGCAAAGCGACUGUCGCAGAGCUUGACGCCCUCCGGACGCCUGAUGGAGGACACCACUACGCCGCGGGGUGAGCCCAGCGGGAUGCGAAGCCCAAGGCAGAGGUACAGUGAUGAAAGUCGAGAGGGCAAAGCUAUGAAGAAGAAGAGCGGCUUCACCAAUUUCGUGAACAAUCUGGUGGGCACACAGCGCAAACCCACCAUCUCAGCCCCAGAGAAUCCAGUUCACGUAACUCAUGUGGGAUAUGACCAGGAGACAGGAGAAUUCACGGGCUUGCCCAAAGAAUGGCAACGGACAUUGCAGGCCAAUGGCAUCACGGAGCAGGAGCAGAAGAAGAAUCCGCAGGCCAUUAUCGAUGUAGUCACUUUUUUCAACGAAACCACCGCGGAUACUGGUAGUGAUGACUGGACGUAUCACAAGUUCGAUAACGCUAGACCCCAGGACAGUCCACUUUCGCUGGCACCGUCUACACACUCGCAACAAAGCGGUCUCAGUCCGGGAGGAUAUGUGAUGAGUCCACCUGCGAGUCCACGGUUCCCCAGAAACGAGGGUGAGAGCUUCGAGAAUCCCAGAGCUCCUCCACCAGUACCGAAAGGAAUGAGUGGAUUGGGCGUCAAUACUCCACUGCCUGCGCAGUCCAAUGGUAACACCUUGCUUCCAUCGCGGCCAGCACCCAAACCCCCCGGGAGCCACUCAACCAACAAUGUUGCGCAGAGAGCAGCUCCGAAUCAUCACAGCCCGCAAUCGCAGCAGCUGAGGACCGAAGAUGGCCUUCCCGCCGUCAGAUAUGCUCCUCCUACAAUCAUAGACAUCUCCCAAAAUCAAGGUCAGACUCGAAGUCGAUCCAACACCGGGCCGACAAAUCAGUACCAGGCCCAUUCGCCUGUCUCAUCACCCCAGCAAUAUCAGUUCCAGCAAGAACAGGCCAUGAAAGCCGCCCAACAGCAGAUGAAACAGACCAGCCUCGAACGCUCCCAAUCUCAACGCCAGCCUAGUAGCGGCAUUCCGCAGCCGCCGCAAUCGCAACUUCCCCCUCCCUCAGAGUCGCGACAAGUGCCGCACCCUGCGGCUGUUGAUCCACGACUGGGGCCAGCACCCAGGCCAAGACAGCGGCCACGCCAGUCAAUUACCAACGCAGAGGUGAUCACAAGACUACAAAAUAUUUGCAAUCCAGCGGAUCCUACCAAGAAGUACCGGAGUCUUAUUAAGAUCGGACAGGGAGCUUCAGGUGGUGUCUACACAGCGUUUGAAGUUGGCACCAACAAAUGCGUUGCGAUCAAACAGAUGAACCUGGAGCAGCAGCCAAAGAAGGAUCUCAUCAUCAAUGAAAUCUUAGUGAUGAAGGACAGCAAGCACAAGAACGUGGUCAAUUUCAUGGACAGCUUUCUGGUCAAGGGUGACUUGUGGGUUGUCAUGGAGUACAUGGAGGGUGGAAGCCUGACGGAUGUCGUGACCUUUAACAUGAUGUCCGAAGGGCAAAUAUCCGCCGUCUGCAGGGAGACACUUCAUGGAUUGCAAUUCUUGCAUUCCAAGGGUGUCAUUCAUCGUGAUAUCAAGUCUGACAACAUACUCCUCUCGAUGGAGGGCAACAUUAAGCUGACUGACUUCGGUUUCUGCGCGCAAAUCAAUGAGUCGCACAUGAAACGCACGACCAUGGUUGGAACUCCGUACUGGAUGGCACCGGAAGUGGUUACUCGGAAGGAAUACGGGCGCAAGAUUGAUAUCUGGUCGUUGGGCAUCAUGGCAAUUGAGAUGAUCGAGGGCGAGCCGCCAUAUCUGACAGAGUCACCUUUGCGAGCUCUGUACCUGAUUGCCACCAACGGAACACCAACAAUCAAAGAGGAGCACAACCUGACGGCGAUAUUCAGGGAUUUCUUGGCCUUUGCUUUGAAAGUCGACCCGGAGAAGAGGGCGUCUGCACAUGAUUUGUUAAAGCACGCUUUCAUUCAGACCGCAGAACCUCUUGCAACGUUGGCGCCACUCGUCAAGGCAGCCAGACUGGCCAGAGCCGAAGAGAAACGGAACAAGGGCAAUUGA